AUGGCUACUCCUGUAUUUUCAAAAGAGGCUACUGUACCAAUCGGGCCGUACUCUCAAGGCUUCAAAACGAUCCCAUCGACACCACUCGUCUGGGUUUCUGGACAGAUCCACGCCGGCAUCAGUGGCAACCUUAUCGAAGGCACGAUCGCGGAGCAGACCGCGGCCUGCCUAAAGAAUCUCGUGGCUGUGCUCACAGCUGCGGGAAGCAGUUUGGAGAAAGUGUUUAAAGUCACAAUCUUUCUGGCCGACAUGAGCUACUUUGCAGAGAUGAAUACUGAGUAUGCAAAGUGGUUUGUGUGGGAGAGAAAUAUGCCUGUAAGAAGCUGUGUUGCUGUGAAACAAUUGCCAAAAGGGGCCAGGGUAGAGACAGAGGCAGUUGCUCAGGGUUGA